AUGCAAAGCAUAGGGAGAGCAAUUAGCGAUGAUGAAAAUGGAGAAAAAGUGAGAUGCCCUUCGUCCUUAGUGGGGAGGUUGAAAAUGCCCCAAGAAGCGAAGAAUGAAGUGAUAAACGAACGAAACAUGAUGCCGGAAAUCCCAAAUUACCCCCUGCGCCGAGAGCCCGAGUGUCCCCUCAACAGGAAGAGAGACGUCUCUUCGAUCCCCAAAAAUACGAAAGAGAAGUGGCUCUAUCCCUCGCCGCAGCAGUUCUACAAUUCGCUCAUUAGCAAGAAUAAGCACAUUGACAGAAAUUACAUUGACGCUGUGGUGACGGUACAUAACGAAGUUAAUGAGGAGUCCUGGAGGCACAUCCUAAAAUAUGAGUACCUGCACAGGAGCAAAUGCAGCCAAGUCACUCUGCAGCGAUUUCUCGGAAAAUUUGACGACCUCUCCGCGAAGGCCAAAUUCAGGAGCGUUUUUUCCAAGUUAGGCAAGCCAUUCGAUAGACACGACUGGUAUGUGAACAGAUGCGGUAAGGAGGUGAAAUACAUUUUGGAUUUUUACAACGAUGAGUCUUUGCAGGAUGACAAAAAUAUAUACAUCGACGUGAGGCCUGCCCUGAACAGUUUCUCAAACAUCUGGGACCGAAUACGUUACCCAUUUUAUGAAUUUUAUUUUAAGCAUGUCAAGCGGUACGAGUUGUUUAGGUGA